AUGGAUUCGAAUCGUCGAUCUAUGAGACAUCUCGAAUCGAAAUCUGAUUCUAGUCGACCACCGACAAAUGAUCCUAUUCGAGCAUCAACUGGUGAUUCUGGUCGAGGAUCGAUGAUGACUUCUGAACGAACACCUACUAAUGAUAACAUAACGGAUCAUGGUGCUUCAUCAUCAUCAUCAUAUUCAAGAAAUACAUCACUCGGUGGUGAUGCACAUGAAAACUACGAUCUAGAUAAACCAGUACGUAUCCGUCGUACUCCUGUUUUGGGAAAGAAAUGUUAUGAACAAGCAUUUGUUUCACAUAUUGAUCAUCCAUCAGCAUUUUUUCUUCAAUUACCACAUUUUCAACAACAAUAUGAAGAAUUACAUGAAGAAAUCAAUAAAUUCUAUUCAAAAACUCCUAUUACAAAUGCAUUAUCAUCAUGGAAACGUGGUGAUUAUUGUAUAGCUAAAUAUAAAGAUAAUAAAUUUUAUCGUGCAAGAAUUAUUGAAGUUCCACAAAAUAAAAAUAGAAUGUGGAUACUACAUUAUACUAGUGACAAUAAUAUACAAAUAUUUGUUUAUUUUAUUGUUUUAUUGAUUUUAAUUAAUACAACAAAUGAAGUUAUUAAUAUUCCGACUAUUACAUUCCAUAAUCAUUCAUUAUCAAGUAAUGAAUUUUUAAAUACAACAACUUUAUAUUCAUGGAAAAAAUCAAAUUCUAUUGAAAUACUUAAAAAAUUAAUUGCAAAUCGACAAAAUUUAACAAAAUAUAAUUCAAAAUUAUUAUUAUUAUUAACAAACAAUACACAACAAAUAGUAUUAACAUCACCAACAGUAAAUAUUUCAAAUACAACAUUACAAUUUCAAACGAUUACAUUUAACAAUAAAUCAACCAUUGAUAUACAAUAUAGUUCAACAACUAAUGAUGAUCUCCUUUUAUUUUCAUCACUUCAACAAACAAUUGCUAAAAAACAAUCUUCCAAUACUACAAUAUUUGUUCUUAUAUUUGUCUUUGGUUUUAGUGGUUUGAUUUUUCUUACAUUAAUGUGUAUAUUUUUUCUUAGACACCCCAUUGAGAGUGCUUAUGGUUACUUUCAAUUGCCUUGUAUACAUACGUUGUCAACAAGAAAACAAUCUCGUGACAGUACACCAUUAUCCUAUUCACCGAUUCACACUAAUAUUUCAAUAAAUGCUUACAAUCGAGAUCGUCGACAUCGAUCAUAUUCAAAAUCAAUAACAACAUGUUGUUCACCAUCAAAAAUUCGACGACAAUGUAAUAAGAAUUUGUUAGAUGAUGAUCAUAAAAAAUUUAUCAUACCGAAAGAAUUUCCUGUUGAUCAAUUGUAUGAUAUUUAUAUGCAAAAACAUGCACUUGAUGAUUUAGCAUUUUCUAUUGAAUUUCAAAGUAUUCCUGAUUUUGAAGAAUUACCAUGUACAUCAGCAACUCGUGCAAUAGUUGCUUCUAAAAAUCGUUUUCUUAAUAUUUUACCUAUUGAUACUACUCGUGUUAUUCUUAAUUUACUUAAUGAUGAUCCAUCUACGGAUUAUAUUAAUGGAAAUUAUAUUUCGGGAUACAAAUGUUCAAAUAAAUUUAUUGCUACUCAAGGUCCUAAAUCUGAUACUUGUGAAGAUUUUUGGCGUAUGAUAUGGGAACUUAAACUUAAAUCUAUAGUUAUGUUAACAAAUAUUAUUGAAGGUGUAUCACGAAUGACAAAAUGUCAUCAAUAUUGGCCAGAACUUAAUCAAACAAUAACCUAUGGUUCAUAUCAAAUUACAUGUAUAGAUAAACAAUGUUUAUGUGAUUAUGAAAAACGUUUUUUUCAUUUAACAAAAGUAAGUUGA